AUCCUCCAUAUGCGUAUAUACUACGAUCUUCUAAUAAUUACCUCCUUCUCUAACCCCCAAUUUCAUUCGGGGUCUCUAGCGAAUUGACCCCGAACUUUUUCAUCGCGUCCGAGAAAGAGGACGACGAGCAAAACUUUUUCAUUUCACCACCACGAUCACGAUAAUAACAUUGUGAAAUAAUGCCACCGAUUUCCAAGAACAUGGGAACGUCUUUGAAACCGUUCCAGCUCUUGGAAAUAAACAUCAUUUCCGCGCAGGACUUGGAACCCAUGUCAAAGAAAUUGAAGACCUACGCGGCCGCAUGGGUCCAUCCUACGCGGAAACUUGCCACGGGUGUUGACGUGGACGGUGGCCAUAACCCCACGUGGAAUGACAAGUUUGUUUUUCGUGUGGACGAAGAAUUUCUCCGUCAUGAGAAUUCCGCCGUCCACAUCGAGAUUUACUCCGUCCAUUGGUUCCGUGACUCUCUCGUCGGAACGGUUCGUGUCCUUGUCGGAAACCUAAUCCCUCCGAUUCGUACUCACCUCCGUACUCACCAUCAUGGAAUGCGUUUUGUCGCACUUCAGAUUCGUCGUCCAUCAGGGCGUCCUCAAGGUAUAUUGAAUAUUGGUGUAUCUUUACUCGAUAGCUCGAUGAGGAGUAUGCCAUUAUAUAGACAAAUGAGCACGUCAGCAGUUGCAUAUCGCGAUUUGAUGGAAGAUCGAAACACACACCAUACACACAACAAUGAGAUCAAGCAGAACAACGAUAGUAAUGUUGAUGUUCCAAAACCUAUAUUACGUCGAAUAAAGAGUGAACGUAGCGAACGUAUCGCGUUGGAUGAUAUUUCCAUAGGUAAUAAUAGUUCAAUAGUUGCAAUUCCUUCAAAAACAAAAGGUAUAGAUCAUGAAAAAGAGAGUUCAAUAAUUAGUAUUUCAUUUGAACCUCCAAUUCAUAUGAUGAAAAAAAAGGGAAAAGCAAGUUCUGUUAUAAAUGGAGCUGAGCUAAUAAAUGAGAAAUCAAAAUUAGAAAAUAAAAAAAUUAAGACAAGUUCUGUUUUAAGUGAUUCAAUUGUAAGCAAAGGGUCAUCAAUUUAUGAUAAGCCCAAUCAUGAAAAGCCCAAUCCCAAGCCCAAACUCAAACUUAUUGAAUUGGAAAUGGGGACCAAAUAUGAGCCCAUAAAUGAAAAAGGGCCUUGUUAUGACCCACCAACAACUAAAGAAAUUGAUGAACAGUCUAUUACAAAGUCCACUAUGAAGAUUUAUGGAAAUGAGUUUGGAGGCCCAAAAGGCCCAUUAACUGAAUCAGAAAUUGGGCCUUCAGCAUCUAUAGUGGCUGCUGCUUUAGUUGAAAGAGGAUAUCUAAUGGAUGACAAGAGGAGCUCAGUGUUGGAUGGUUGGAGCAUCGACGAGAGCACCGAGGGGCUCAGGUCGAAGCUCGAGAGGUGGAGGAACGAGAUCCCUCCGGUACAAAACGGAGGGACAGGUUCAAGUAGCUAUCGUUCGACCGGACAUCACCCUAGAAGGCGUUCGAGUGGAGGGAGUAGCUUGUUUUCUUGCUUUGGUAAUAUUUGUGGCUAUGAAUGUCAAUGUAUGUGUGGGAAGCCCAAAAAGAAAAGUGUUAGUAACAAAAAGUAUAGAAGCCCAUCAACUGCUAGCAGAUCAUGGUUUUGAAAGCCCAAGCCCAAUUAGAUUUGUAAGGCCCAAUUGCAAGAAGAAGAAUAUUGAGGAAUUAGGGGGUCUUUUUGUUUAGGUCUCUCUUUUCAUUAUUAUUUUUUAUUUACAAUAUUGUAAUUACUAUUCUAUCUGAUUAUUUUUUUUAGUUCUCAAAACUAUGUGCAUUGUUAUCAAUUUGUAAUUGGUAAUAUGUCUUUUCUUGGAAAAAGAGAAGUUCAUUUAAA